AUGAGCUCGAUCCCUUCCAAGUCGGGCGUUCAACAAGGACAGAGCACCGCUUCCACCUCUCCCAAGCCCGCCGCAUCCUCCCCCCUGGCUGCGCCAGCUAGGUCCUACGCCAACGCCACGAAGAAGUCUGCGACGGACUCGUCCGCCGCUCCCGUCACUGUGGGUGGCUCAGCGCAACAUGGGAAGUCGACUUCCGUAUCUCCUGUGAACGGCAAACCCAUGCAAACCCAACCCGCGCAGGCUGCCUCGGGUGUGACCAUCGUCAAUGGCGCCCCAACGGCUCCUGCUUCGCAAGGCGAUCACUCUCGGAAGCCCUCUGUGACCAUCACCUCUGCCGGCACCUCCGGAUAUAUGCCCAACGGCGGUUCUGCAAGCCGUCCCAGUAGCAUCCAGUUCGGUUUCACCAACCAGCAGAGCUCCCCCAACAUGGGCAAUCCUGCCGUCCUCGCUUCCAACCAGUCGCAGUCUGGCCUGGGUGCCCCGUCGACAAACCCGCGUGUGACCUCACCGCAGACUUCGCCGUCUCCCAUCCCACAACCCGCCUCCAGCGGUGGUCGUCCCCCAUCCACUUACCAGGCACAAGGGAACGUUCCUAACUUUGGAAGCUUCGGUGAGACUGGAGAUAACAACACUUACUCAACUCUACAGGCUCCUCUUGGUCCCGGUCCCCAGCACCUGCGUCGCGAAUCCUCUCAACCCACUCACAGUGAUAUGAGCAACCACAUGGGUGGUGGUCCUGGACGUGGCGGCUACCCCCAGGGUGGUCGCGGUCGUGGAUACUCCCAGUCCGGAUACCAGGGACAGAUGCCUUACUCACCUGGGCCGAACUUCCGCCAGCCUCACAACCAGCCCCGUGGUGGUCCCAACAUGGGCCCUCAGUUCCAUGGCCCCAACCAAGGUCGUCCCCUCGCGGCGCCAUUCCCGAACUCCCCGCACCAGGCCAACCGCAGCCCGGCGUUGGCUAAUGCCCACCCCACUACUCCCCAGAUGAAUCCGGUCCCCAUGGCCCAUCAACAGAUGCCCCCUCAGCCCUAUGGCUAUGGACAACACAUGGGCCCCCAAACUGUGAGAAACCCACCCCAUGAUCGUCCAUCUAGAUACCCUCCCCGGCGUGGCAACUUCAAAUCCAGCAAAGGAAGGCGAGAGACCAAUCCAGGUCCUUAUCAUGGUCCUCUGAAUCUGAAUCUCGCGCCUGACAGUGGAAAUUUCGAACAAAUUCUAACACUCGUGAAAAAUGGACAGGGCUACCCUCCUUAUGACCCCAAUUAUGCAUACUACAACCAAGCCUACGGUAUGGGCGGACAGAUGCAAUACAUGGCUCCUCCAUCGCCCCAACCCCGCCCCGGCAUGCCCUAUAACCCCCAGGCUCCCGGCUACAUGCAGGGCCAGUACCCCGCCCAACCCCCACCGCAGUCCACUCCUCUUUCGCGCACUCCCUCCCAAGUCUCUACUGACCGUCCGGGAUCAAGCCUGGGCCAGCCGGCACCUGCUGGUGCUUCGGCUACUGCUCACACUCACACUGGCAGCAGAUCUUCUAACAGCCCCGCGCCUGCGAAGCCUAACUUCAUCAUCCCUUCGGCCAAGAAGAGCCCCAUCAUCAUCAAGGACCCCAGCAGUGGUUCCGUGAAGACUUUCGGUGCUCCCGCUUCCCCCGCUCGUGCCACUCCUUCUCCCGUGAAGGUCGCCACUCCUACAGCAACCCCACCUCCCCGAACCGCCAGUGCCUCGGACCAUGCUCGGGCCGACAGCAAGGUGGGUGGUGUCAAGACUGAUGAGGAGAAGAAGCAGGAACUCAAGGAUGCCGUUCGCCAGAAGAUCCAGGAAGAUGAGGCUGCUCAGAAGCGUCUGGCCGAAGAGGCCUCUCGCAAGGCCACCGAGGAGCCCAAGAAGGUUGAGGAAGAGAAGAAGGAUGCCGAUGCCGAUUCUGCUACCGCUGCUCUGCAGGAUAUGAGCUUGAAGGACAAGGCUGCUCCUGCUGCUGCCGCUGCCGCUGCCGCUGCCGCUGAGACUGCGCCUGUCCCUGCCCCUGCCCCUGCUACUGAAACCCCCGCUGUUGAGGUUCCUGCAUCCACUGAAGCCCCCGCACCUGCUGCUGAGGAGCCCAAGAAGGCCGAUGCCCCCGCCCCGCCUGCGGAAGACGAUGAGCCCGACUUCGACGCCAUUGAGCGUGAGAUGGCUGAGAUUGAGGCCAAGGAGCGUGCCGCUGAGGAGGACUACUACCGCAAGAAGAAUGAAAAGAAGGAGGAGGCCGAGCGUAAGGAACGUGAGGACCGUGAGGCCUAUGAAGUCAACAUGAAGAAGGCCGAGGCUGAGGCUGAGGAGCGUGAGAUCGCUCGUGAGAACGCCCGCGCCAAGGGCGAGACCACUUCCAACGAUGACCUCUUUGCUUCACUCAAGAAGGGUGGUUUGGGCGCAACCGAGUCAUCGACCCCUGGUGACAGCGGUGCCGCUACUCCUGUUUCGUCUGACAUGGGCCCCCCUGGAAAGCCUGCCAGUGCCACUGCCAAGAAGCCCUCCGCCUUGAAGCUGGAUACUCCCAAGCCUACUGAGCCUACCGAGCCUAGUGCUGCCAUGAAGUCUUUGCAGAAUGCCAAGUUCAUCGAGGAUCUGGCUAAGAUCGUGUACCCAUCCUCUAUCACAGCUCCCAACCUUUCUCUGAACUCUACCGGUCGCCGAUUCCACUAUGAGCGCGAGUUCUUGCUCCAAUUCCAGGCUGCCUACAAGGACAAGCCCUCCGUUGAUUGGGAUAUCCGUAUCCGUGACACCGUUGGCGACCCUACCCAGUCUGCUCGCACUCCUAUGAGCAGCCGUCAACCCUCUCGCAACGCCAGCAGCUCUGGAUUCCCCAUGAUGGGAAGUGGCGUCAUUAACCCUGGUGGUCGGAACAGCAUGGGCCCCAUCAACCCUGGUGGCCGUGGUCAAUUCAACCAGUUCGGUCCUCGUAUGGGCAGCGGCAUGGGUAGCAACCCCAUGAUCCGUCAACACUCUAGCAGCACUAUGGGUCCCAUGUCCCCUCGUGGCAAUUCCAGCAAGGGUCGCGUGGACAGCAAGCCCCGCGGUAGCAGAAACCCCAAGAAGGAGGGAGAGCAGGAUAAGUCUAUGCCUUUGACCGCCGGUCUGAAGCUGGAGGCCAUUCAAGUCUCCGCCACCGGAUGGAAGCCCCGCAGUGUUGGACAGGCUCAGUCCGGUCCCACCCCCGGUGGUGAGGGCUACAUGGCCCCUGAUGUUGUGCAGCGCAAGGUCAAGGCUGCUCUCAACAAGAUGACCCCCGAGAAGUUCGACCGUAUCUCCGUUCAAAUUCUGGACAUCGUUUCACAGUCCAAGGAUGAGUCUGAUGGUCGUACUCUUCGUCAAGUCAUUCAGCUCACGUUCGAGAAGGCCACUGAUGAAGCUCACUGGGCUCCUAUGUACGCUAAGUUUGCCAAGGCCAUGUUGGAGAGUAUGAGCGCCGAUAUCAAGGAUGAGAACAUCCGUGAUAAGAACGGCAACGUUGUUGCUGGUGGCAGUCUCUUCCGCAAGUACCUGCUUAACCGCUGUCAAGAGGAGUUCGAGCGUGGUUGGAAGGUCAACCUGCCUGAGAAGCCCGAGGGCGCCUCAGAGGAGACCCAAAUGUUGUCCGAUGAAUACUAUGUUGCCGCUGCCGCUAAGCGUCGUGGUCUUGGUCUCGUGAAAUUCAUUGGUGAGCUGUACAAGCUUGGCAUGUUGACUGAGCGUAUCAUGCACGAGUGUGUGAAGAAGCUUGUUGAUUACGAGGGCAUGCCCGAUGAGGCCGAGGUGGAGAGUUUGACUUCGCUCCUGCGUACCAUCGGUUCCAGCCUGGAUGCUUCCGAGAAGGGCCCUGCCAUGAUGGAUGCUUACUUCGCUCGCAUUCACCUCAUGGUUGAGACACCCAACCUGCCCAGCCGUCUGCGUUUCAUGCUUAUGGAUAUCAUUGAUCUGCGUGCUAAGCGCUGGAACUCCAAGGACUCCGACAAGGGCCCUAAGACCAUCCAGCAGAUUCGUGAGGAGGCUGCUCGUGCCCAGCAAGCCGCUGAGCAAGAGAAGAUGCGCCAGCAGGCCAACCGCGGUGGUGGUGGCGGUGGUCGUCCCCAGAUGGGUCGCGGUGAUGCCCGUGGCUUCGGAUACGGCCAACAAGCUCCUCCUCCCGAUUACGCCUCCAGCAAGGUUGGCAGCGACGACCUGCGUCGUCUGCGUGCUACUCGCAACCCCAACCAACCUAUGUCAUUCGGACCGUCCAGCAUGCUCGGCUCACGGAGCAGCAGCGGCCGCAAGGGCCUGGGCCCCGGUGGCAACCUCGUUCGCGGCAGUGAUGACAGUGCUGCUAGCAGCCGUACUGGUACUCCUCCUGCCGGAAAGAAGGAGGACAAGGAGGCUGCUUCUUCCAUGAACGCCUUCAGUGCCCUCGCCGCCCUGGAAGACAAGGACAACAUGGCCACAUCUCCCCCCUCCGCCCACACUUCCCCUGUCCUGACCAAGUCGCAGCCCGCGGCCGAGCGCCGACCCUCAAAAACCCCAUCUAAGGAUGGCGAGAACGCAUAG